UUGAAUUCAAUCCAAGAUGGCGGUCCCAAUGGACAACGAAGGAAGACACGGUCAUUGCUUGUUGUUUUAUGAUACCUUUAAUCAUGAACAUAACGAGGAAAUGCAUUUAGAUUUGGUCAGUUUUCGCAGUCCUGUCUGCAUUACCGAAGUUCGUGUCAUUCCAAAUGGCGCAAGACCUCAUGUUGCUAUUGAUAGACUUGGUGAAACUCAUCCAUCUUCUUUCAAACUGGAGCUGUUCAAUAGAAACCUAAACAAAUCACAGGCAGUGACAUUUGAAAAACUUGGAGUGUUGGAUUAUCAUGAAGCAUUGAAUUAUCAUUUGAACACAAAUUCAGAGGCGGCUACAGAUGUGGUUGUGUUAAGAGGAUGGUAUACAAAACUCACUGUCUGUCUCUAUGGUUACCUCACAAAAAUUCAAGAACCUUUACCUGUAACCACUCCAACUGAACCCCAACCCAUGCCACCUUCAGGAGAAGUUAUUUCUUCUACUGUUAAAGAUGAAGAGGCUAAAGAACCAGUGGAGAUUAAGAAAGAAGAAGAGCAAGUUGAUGUUGAGGUGAAAACUGAAGAUAAGGCGAAGGUUGAGGAAGCUGUAGAAAUUAAGAAGGAAGUCGAAGAAAUGAAAAAUAUUGAAGAAAAAGAAAAAGACAGUCCGCAAAUCAAAAAAGAAAAGGGAGUUGAAGAAAAUGUUGAAGAUGAAGUAAAACAAAGUCCAAAGAAGUCUCCUGAGCCUGUCGACGAUUUGUUCGAACCGCUGACACCAGAUAAGUCGCCCACUGACCUCUUUAUCUCGGAUGAAGAAGAUUUAGAGCAGGAUGGUUAUGAAGCAAUUCUUAGCGAGGAAGAGAUUAUGGAUGACGAUAGACCUUUCGAUGAUACGGACGGUCUUGAUUUCCAGUUGUAUGGAGAAGACACUUGGAUGUCUGUAUCUGUCAGUUUUAAUCCAUAUCAAUGUGAUCUUUCCUCCCUGAAGUCAUUUCCUGAAGCCAACCCAGCCUCUUUGCUUUCCGUAGAAAUGGUCGACCAACAAAGCAUUGAAGAAAUGGAAAAAUUACUUGAAGAAUAUAAAAACGAAGAAAAAACUGCCAAGUCUGUAGAACUUUUGGGUAACAUCAGUGAUUCAAAAAUCAUUCCUACGCUUUCUGCUUCCUUUGUACGUAAAGACUUGUUGCUUACUUUGGUUGAUAUUGCAAUGGACGCCAUUGAUCUUGACGAAGCCCAAAGUUUUCCCAUUGCUGCCAACAUUCGUCGCUUGAAGUUCGGCAUGAAUCUCGUUUCACAGCUUUGCGAGAGCGGGGACAAAACCUGUGAAAUGUUAAUUGCAAAAAACGUCCAAGAAAAGUUGUUUGAUUUGUUGAACGCACAGCACAUGUCUUCAUCUGUUAAAUUGGCUGUUUUGCAGGCUCUUCAUAGUUCUGUUGAAUAUCCUGUUGGGAUAAAAGCUCUUGUCGAAAGGCAAAAACAGGAUAAGACGGUGGAAAGUAAGAAAAACGGUUAUGAAAAACUCAUUGAAUUACUUCUAUCUGAACAAGCUAUUCGUGUGAUCGCAGCCGGCACGAGUUUGAUCAACAGAGUGCAUAUUUAUGAAAUGUUAGGCAAUCUUCAAGAAACCGUUGACAGUAUUAUAACAAACACGAGCGUCCUAAUCCAGUCGAGGAAGGACACAGCUCAAAGUAACCAUGACGACAACGAAGGCAAUGUCGAUGUGGACGAAGAAAAUGGCGUCAUUGAUCUACAGGAUUUUGUGAAUGCCGAGCAGGAGGAAAUAAUCAUCGGUUGUCUCGAGGAAGUGUUCAACGUUCUUGUGAACGCAAAAGAUUUGUUGAUCCAUUCACAUAUGCAGUCAUUUCCAAAAUGCGUGAAAGUUUCGUCGACCGAAAGGGAAACAAAAACCCGCACACUAUCCUUUAUCGAAUGUUCACGGACAGGUGAGAAAACAUCCAGAAAACUUCUUCCAUCGAUUCUUGUCUUGUUCAGUACUCCAGUUGGAUUUAUUCCGCCAGUGUUCACAGCUAUAAGGGAUAUCUUCUUUCAUCUACUCCAGUCACACGAAGGUUUGCUGUAUCUCUCAUCUGACCCAGACUCCACGAAUGAAAUCAUAAGGAUAUUGGCGCAGACUGAAACAGAUUUUCACUACAGCGAAUCUCCAUCGUUACAAGACUUUCUUCGUGAUCCGAGUGCAGCUGAUCAUUGCACUUCACAACAUUUGGGUUUGCUUUUGAUAUACCAUCUACAGACAUUACAAGCGAUCGACCAAUUAAAAUCUUCACACGGCCCUGAUUUAUCCGGCGUUGAUUUGGAUGGUGCCGAUAUUUUGUCGACCCUACAUUCACUUUAUUCAAUGACAUUCACUGCUUUGGGUAAAGCAGCUGUCACAAGUGUUUUAGGAAUGGGCUCGAAUUUAGAAUGUUUGUUACCAUUUGUUGAACAUGCAGAAAAGUCAAACUUCGACGUCAAGGACUCAAAGUCUAAGAAAAGCGUUUCCAGUAAAUAUGCGUCAGUACUGAUUCUCUUAACAAUUCAAGGUUUGGAAAAUGUCAAACUUCUGAACCAGUUUGGUGAGAGGAUGUGGAAAAUCGGAGAAGAUAAAGAGUCGGCUUUAGGACAACUUAGUCACUGGCUUAGUCCCGUCAAGGAUCUGAACUUCGAAGUAAUGUCGGUACCAGUGCUUCUAGAGUACGUCAAAAGUAAAGUGGAUGAAUUGAGUCAACCGAACGUGGCCUGCGGUAUACUAACAGCAAUUCGUGUAAUACGUUAUCUUACUGUACCAAAACGUACCAGCUCUGUUGAAGGUCUACAAAAAGAUCUUACCUACAAUGUCGCUUGUAUACAAUUAUUCUCUGCUAACGCGAUGGACGUGUUUAUCAAACUUGCUCAGAAAGUGAACGAUUAUUUAAAGAGACCGUGGUUACUGGGACAGCCAUUUACGAGUGGUCAUUGUCUGCAUGUUGUGUCGAUAUUGUUGCCUUUAUUGGCAUGCUUGAAUCAACUGCUUGCUGAACUGCUUUCUACCAACACUUAUCAGUAUAAGGACACGAGACUGUUGUCCGAACUUAUGACGUUGUACAGCAUCAUGCGCUCGGUCUCAGGCUCCCUUUCCUCGAUCGCGCAGAAGAUUCAAAAUGAAAUAGUGAAUUUGUUGAUGACGUUCACCCGACCAGUACUUCUAACGACGGACGCCGAGGAGGCCAUCAAUAGCAGUGUUUGGCUGUUAAUGCUUAAGGAACUUUUACAAUACACGAUGUCUAGACCCCAGUUCUUUCUUGGUGGUCUCUCCCUCCUCUCAGAACUCCUUCCCAUUCCUCUACCUAUAAACACGCUCGAGGAUUUAACGGAAGAGGACGUUGAAAAACUCGUGAAACAUCGCAUCAUUUGGAGUGCUCACCUUAAUCCCCUAACUUCCACGAUACAAGGGAUGCUGAGGGAUUUCUCGGGAUCAUGUUGUCACAGUCUGCAGUUGGUUUUGAGACGAGUUUGUUGUCAGUUAGCGGAUAUUUCCCCUUCUAUGGCCUUGACUGUCGUGAGGACCUUACUUGAAGUCGUAGAUAAGGACAUUUCUAAUCAAGAAAAAGAAGGGAAAAAAGAAACGGAAGACGGUAUUAAUGAACAGGAGACGCCAAUGACAUGCAGUGGUCAUGCUAUGCGUGUUAUAACAUUGAUUGCGUACCUUUCAUCUCAACCAGCGGUGAAAUCAGCUUUACUCUUCUUCUUAAAACCAGGUAAUGUGGACGAAGUUCCUUUCCCGAAUCUUCUGAAAGGCUUACUUUGUUAUCUGAAGAUUACCUCAGAGGAACUUGCGCAAUCUCGUCUAAAAUAUUGUAUUGUUACAAUCAUGCAAUCCUUGUGCGAUCCGCAAAUUAGUCUAACGCUGUUGAACGCACCAUUUUCACUGAACCAGCUUGGUGAUUCAAUGCCCGACCGAGAAAUGUUUUCAUCCAUCUGUUCUGCCCUGCUAGAAAAUAUCGGCUCUAGUUCCCAGUCCUAUGCUACAAUCCUCCAAGUCCUGAGGACUAUAGUGACGUUAACAGAUCACGAUUAUGGGCUAUUUCACAUUAAACAGGCCUUGAAGAAAGACAACAAAGUUUUUUAUCGACUGUUUCAAAGACUCUGUUCAUCAUUUAAACCUGGAAUUCCCGGCCCAGACUCUUUGUCCACGCUCUCAACGGCAACUGAGCUGCUCCAGUUGCUAAUGCCGCCCAACACGCUCAGUUCGUUGAACAAAAUCGAAAAUCGUACGAAAUGUGCCGAAGUCUCCGAAAUGGACACGACAACUUCCGAAAAAGAUGGUAAAAUUAGUGACGAAGAUACAACGUCACAGUUCACUGAAGAAAGUACAGCGGUGUAUUCAAGGAAAAUAAACGUUUCCGUGAAAGAAUUUCAAGAGUUGAUGAAAAAUAGCGAAGAUGUGGAACAGCCCCUGGAAACACUGGAAGCACUUCUGGAGAAAAGUUGCAAAGAAGACGAGACUUUGGACACACUACUUAACGGAGUCACUUCAUUGAGAAAAAUUGAACGGGUUGAAAUCAAAAUGGUUGACACCAUUGAAGACAUCGAACCCAUUCUUUCUGCUGCGCAACCUCUACAAACUUUGUUCAACGUACGAGCUGCCUUCAGUUCUGGUGAUGACGUAAGUGGCAGGGUUAGUCCAACGUUGUGGUACUCUUCCCCUCCACCAGAUGACGUCGAUGUUGAGUCCGAACUGGUAAACUGUAACUUCGAAGAUAUCAAGAACAAAUACUUCCCAGAUUUCGACAUAAAAGCUGAACUUGACAAAGGUUUGAUGAUGUCAGUUGAAGAUUCGCCAAAACGGAAACACGGUCUAAAAAAGCUCGGCAAACGUAAAUUCGCGUCAAUGAUUCUGGAGAAGGGUGAUCCAGAAAAAAAAGCAAAACAAGACGCCCUAAAUCGUGGCCGAGGACGUGGCGGCAUGUUCCGAGGUGGACGUGGUGGAGCGAGAUACGACAACUUCCGAGCUCGCAUACAAAACACGAGUCGUCCACCGUCAAUGCAUGUUGACGACUUUGUUGCCAUGGAGAGUGGACGUGGUCGAGGACGUGGCAGAGGAGGACAGUCGCCUGGUAACGAGAGGUCCUCGGCACGACCUUCAAUACGCAAGAUCCAAGCGGUGAAUCGCAAUUCUCCGGACCAUCACAGAAUUGAAGGAUACUUACCGAAUGACGGUCGUUGGGGUAUGUCUGGAAUGUCAAGGAGGGAUGUGUCUAUUGCAGCCCAUCCGAUGCAUUCAUUUCGCAGCUCGGCUUGGGAACCUCGCCAGACUAUAGAUACCGCUGGAUUCUUAGAACGUGGUUUCCAAAGAACGGGCAACUGGGGGACACCUGCGACGGUCAAUUAUCGAGGUUUCCGUGAGACGACGUAUCGCGAACAACAGUUGCGCAGUGGUUUCUGGGCAGGACCUCAACAGGACGCCGAACGCAAAGACAACCGGUUGUUGCCUCCACAUCCUGGACAUUUUGAUAACUACAGAGCUGGUGGAGCACGUGGUAGACACAUGCGAUCUUUCACGAGAUAAGAAGUUAAUUAAGUGUAUAUUCUAUUAACUCCAUUUUGACUUGCAUGUCUGAAUUUCAAGGUCAGUUGGAUGUAAUAGUUGGUUAUAAUAUGGUAAGAAAAAGUAUUCUAUUCAUGGAAAGAGGGACUACCCUUCACCAUUGUCAUCUCAUAUUCAAUAUGAAGAUUGCUUUCCA